ACCAGUACCCCUGUUCACAAGCCGCCAGUCGUAGUCAGUCAACGUAACUAGUCAAACGCCUGCCAAGUCAUUCGCUAUUUUGGACUCCCUAGAGGGAUCCUUUUAACGCCUCGUUUGGAAUUGUCGGGAAGAGUAUCGGACAGCCUCCAUAAUCAUCGGCCGUAGUUGCUGGGUCGUGGAAGUUGGUGGACGGUCACUGGCGUUCCUUGGGGGUGAUUUUACAGCAGAUUUAUUCUAGAAAUCACGGAAUCGCGAUGGGGGGCGAGGAGGCCAACUACCCCAUAGUUCUAACGCCCGAACAGCUGGAGAAGUAUCAUCGCGAAGGAUGCCUGGCGGUGCCUGGGUUCCUGACGACGGAGGAGGCGGAUUCCCUGAGGACCGCUUGCCGUCGAGUCAUAGACGAGAUGAACCCCAAAGACCACCAGCGCACGGUAUUUUCUACCACAGAUCACGAACAAUCUCGCAACGCCUAUUUCCUCAACAGUGGAGAUAAUGUGAGUUUUUUCUUCGAGCAGGAUGCACUGGACGAGAAGGGUGAACUUAAGGUGGAGAAGCACCUGUCCCUGAACAAGAUCGGCCAUGCCCUUCACUGGCUUGUUCCCGAGUUCAAGCGGGUCUCCUUCAGUGAGAAGGUCAAGGGCGUUGCCAAGCAGCUGAACUUCGUGUCCCCAGCGGUUGUGCAGUCCAUGUACAUCUUUAAACAGCCAGGCAUUGGUGGGGAAGUGACACCCCAUAAGGACUGUACAUUCCUGUCCACGGAACCACAGAGCUGUGUUGGUUUCUGGUUUGCCUUGGAAGAUGUAACACUAGAGAAUGGCUGCCUCUGGUAUAGUCCUGGCUCUCAUAACCAACCCACACAGCGAAGGUUCAUCCGUAACCCGGACAAGACAGGACCUCUGACUGUCUUUUCUCACCCACCAGAUCCUGAUGACCCUAGUAAAUAUGUAUCUGUACCAGUGCCAAAAGGGUCACUGGUUCUUAUCAAUGGACAGGUGGAUCACAAGAGUGCUAAAAACACUUCACCAAAUUCUCGGCACAUCUAUACUUUCCAUGUCAUUGAACGCCACAAUACCAAAUGGGACGAGAGGAACUGGCUUCAACCCACUCCCAGCAUGCCUUUCACAGGACUUUAUGAGAAUUAAUUACAAAGUUGUAACUGCAGCUUGUAAGUAGGUCAGAGACAAAUCAAUAUACUCAAUGAUGUAUGUGCAAUAUUCAGAUUUUUAUACUACUUUGCCAUUAAAUAUGCUCAAGAGUGACAGUGGAAAUAAAACUAUUUAUGCAAUCCAGCAUCUAGUGCCGAUAUACACUGAGAUUCUGAUCAUUUCAUAUGCGUAUAAAAUUAAAAUGCACAUGUGCCGAAGUAAAAACUUUCAAAAUAAAUCAAAAUACAUGCACGUGCAGGAUCUUUCCUUUAUCAUUACUGUUAUUGCUUUUUUCUAAAUUUUGCCCAGAGCUAUUUAUAGAAAUCCAAAAUCCUUGGGAUUAUUAUAACUUUUCACUAUUCCAAUCAAUGAUACAGUAAAUCUGAUAUUAUCAAACAGAAUAUAGUCCUUAAUCACAUGAAAAUUGUAUAACAAAUACUACCCAAAAUGUUUAGCAAUUAUACUGUGAAGAAAAAGGGGAAAAAAAAAAAAAAAAAAA